UUGCAGAACCGAAUCUUAUUUCAAUAUCUGCACAACCUAUUUUAUAUGAAACGGUUUCAGCCUUUCAGCUAAGUUUCAGUUUUUCACCUUAUUUAAGUAACCUACUUCACGGAGUUUUGUCGAUCGUCUGACAAUACCGACUUUGUUUAUACAGUUUCCAUAACGACAUUGUUUUGUGUAUUUGAAGUAAAUAUUGCUAUUUACUGUAUAAUCAAAGAUUUAAUUAUACGGUUUGAAUUAUUCAGCAAUGGCUACAGCGACCGCUCCUAAUAUUUCUCCAAGAAUAUUUUAUGGGCUACGUACCGAUAUACAAUACAAUGCGCACUACAUCACGGACACCGAGAUCGUGUACCCGGCGGGCGGCGUGCUGGUCAUCCACGACCACCUGCAGAAGAAGCAGAAAUUCAUCAAGCUGCAGGACAAGCAUAAGCCGAUCAAGUCUCUCGUGUUGGCUCCUAACAGACGCUGGCUAGCACUAAACGAAAUAGCAGAAGAGGGACAGAAGCCCAUCAUCACCAUCUACGACCUGACCACCUACAAGCGGCGCAAGAUCCUGACAGUCCCGGAGCUGACAGAGAACCCUACGGCACGCGAGUUCGCCUGCCUGCAGUUCACGUAUGACUCCAAGUACCUGGUGGCCGUGACGGGAGACCCUGACUGGAGCCUGUACUACUACAACUGGGAUAAGGGGAAGGUGGAGAGCCAUGCGAAGGCACAGAACCCGAGCGGGCAGGGGACGGUGGAUAAUGUACAAUGUAAUCCGAACGACGCGACGCUGGUCGUGCUGACAGGGCCCUUCACCUUCCGCAUCAUGAACGUGGCGGAGACGGUCUGGAGGCAGUGGGGCUGGUGCAAGGCGGAAAAUAUGCACAUAACAUCAUGCAUGUGGCUGACGCCAGACCGGGUCAUGUUCGGCACGGCGGCGGGCCGGCUGCUCGUGGUGGACAACGGGGAGCUGCGCGCCUCCUGCGUGUUUACCGCCGCGGAGGUGGUCGAGAUGUCGCUCAAGAAGGUCGAUGUUGAACAGGAGGAGAGUGAGAAGGCGAGCUUGGCGAGCAAGCAGGACACAGCUAGCGAGCGCAGCGCCGGCGCCGCUCCCGAGGCCGCGCCGCUGGCCGACCAGCCCGUCACCUCGCUCGUCAACUUCGCUAAAGGGUUCGCGUUUGCGUGCGGCCCGGGCUACGUGCACAUGUUCGAGAAGGAGACCCCACAUCAUUGGAGGAAGAGAAACGUUUAUCGCAUUUCAAGGAAGUCUUACAAACACACGCGCGAGCACCCGGUGUGGUCCCCGCUGGACUCCGUGAGACACAUCGCGGUGGACCCCCACCAGGAGACGCUGGUCAUCACCACGAUGAGGAAGCAGCUCUACCAUGUGAAGCUGUUCGGACAACACAUGCUACAGAAUCCCGAGAUCCCAUUCCUGGAGCUCGGUCCGGCCAUGCAUCACGGCCGCAUCAACUCUCUGUCCGUCUGCGCGUGGAAGCCCAUCUUCAUGACCUCUGGCGAGGACCGCAGCAUCCGCAUCUGGAACUACAUGACGGAUGAUGUGGAACUGAUCAAGCUGUACCAGGAGGAGAUACACUGCGUCUCGAUGCAUCCUACCGGAUUAUUCGCAAUAGUAGGCUUCUCCGACAAGCUCCGCUUCAUGGUGGUGCUGAUAGACGACCUGGAGGUGAUGAGAGAGUUCCCCAUCCGCAGCUGCGCCCGGGCCUGCUUCAGCUCCAACGGACACCUGUUCGCGGCCGUCAACAACCAAGUCAUACAAGUCUUCUCCUCCGUGUCCUUUCAGAAUAUCUACAACUUGAAAGGUCAUAAUGGAAAGAUAACCUCCCUGGCGUGGUCAUCCGGCGACGGCACGCUGGUGUCAUGCGGCAGUGAGGGCGCCGUGUACGAAUGGAGCCUCGCCACCGGCAGCCGCGCCGGCGAGGUCGUGCUCAAGACCAACCAGUUUACCGCUUGCGCUAUACAGAGCAAUGGCAAGACCAUGUACGCAGUGGGCACCGAUGGCGAAAUCAAAGAGAUCGGGCUCAGCACCAUCAGGAGAAACUUGAGCCUGAUUGGCUGCGCCCUGGACACGUGCGUGCUCUCCCGCUCUGACCUGAUGCUGUUCAUCACCGGCGGAGACGGAGGCGUGUGCAGUGUGCAACUGCCUUUACUUGACAAAGCCAUCUACAACGAGUUCCAUAUGCACAAUAUUAAAGUCACCUGCAUAGCCCUGGCUUAUGACGACCAGACGCUGAUAUCUGUGGCUGAAGAUGCCUCAAUCUGCUUGUGGCGUCUGACCAAUGCCGACGGUAGAGCGAUCGCCUUGGAUAAAGACUUCGCUUAUUCGAAGGAGAUUCUGAUCAGCAAGAAGGAUUUGCAGGAGAAAAUUAAUGCAAUCAACCUGCUGAGCACCCGCAUGAGCGAGCUGGAGACGGAGCACACGUACCAGCUGCGGCAGGCGGAGGCGGCGCACGCGGAGAAGCUGAAGGAAGUGCACGAGGGGUACUGCGCCGCCAUCGACGAGUUGAAGGAGAAGAAUGAGACUAUGGACAACGAUCAUACCCACGAAAUUGGUAUGAUUCAGCAAGAUAUAGCCAAGCUGCGCGCCAGCCACGAGCGCACUCUGCAAGCGUUGGAAGCUGACUUCAACGUUAGACUCAUCGGAGAAUAUGAUCGCUACCAGAACCUUGAAGAUAAAACUGCAAGAAUGAGACAAGAAUACGAAGAUAGGCUGCAAGUACUGGCAGAUAGCAAGCGAGAAGCCCUCAGGGAAUUGAACGAAAUGUUUGAAGCUCAAUUGGAAGAGAAAGAUAUGCUAUUGACGGAGUUACAAGAACAAGCUGAUUCGGAGAAACGUGAGCAUGAAACCAUAAAGUCUUCUAUAGAAGACGAUGCAGACAGAGAGAUUAUAGAAAUCAGGACUGCCUACGAGGUUCAGCUAAAGGAAGAAAAGGAUGCGAAUGUGAGACUAAAGGGAGAGACUGGGCUCAUGAAGAAGAAACUUAUCGCUGCUAAUAAGGAAAUUGAAGAGUUCAAACAUCAAGUUGAACAACUUAAAGCUGAACACAAACAGUUUCUAAAAAUCAUAUCGACGUUAGAGCAAGACGUAAACGAUCUGAAGAAAGAAAUAGCCGAAAGAGAUAGCACCAUACAGGACAAGGAGAAAAGAAUAUACGAAUUGAAACGGAAAAAGCAAGAACUAGAAAAGUAUAAGUUUGUGUUGAAUUUCAAAAUCACCGAGCUGAAAAAUCAGAUAGAGCCGUUAGAACACGAAUUGAAGGCGAAAAAGAUAAGAAUACUCGAGUUGGAGGUGUCCUUAGAAUCUUUGCUUAAGAAAAAAUCAUUCCGUGAGCUCAAAAUCACUCAAUUGCAUGAAAAAUUGGGAUCAGCCAAGAGGGAUUACCUCACCGAAGCGGAUAGAAAUCAGGUGCUGAAGAAUACGUUAAAAAGAAUCAAAAUAGACCUUCACCACAUGACGGCCAACUUCCAGGACCCCAACAAACUCAAACUCAAUGUUAAGGCCCUAUUCCAAAAGUACGUAGAAGACCUGGACUUUAUCCGCGAACGAGCGUCUGAAGACGAGGCGGUGCGUGAGUUCAACCGCCAGAGGGCGCACUUGGAGAAGCAGUGCGCGGCGCUCAGACACCAGCUAGCGCAGAGCCAGGGCGGCGCCAAGACUGAUGUGCACAAGAUUAUGGAUGAGAACUGCACCCUACUCACAGAGAUCAACAGCCUGCGCCUAGAGCUCAAGUCGACGCGCUCGCGCUGCGCCCAGAUGGAGUCGAUCCUGGGCCUGUCGGCGCGCCGCGUGCCGCCCGCCGCCGCGCGCGCGCGCCUCGACCGCGCCACGCACGACCGGGACAGGCUCGAUGACGAGUUUAGACAGCAGAUUGAGGAAAGAGAAUCCCUCAUCGAGGCGCUAAAAGAAGAGAACGUGCGUCUCCUCUCCAAGAUCCGCUGUGCCGACGACCCCUCGCCCGAGGGGGGCGCGGGGGGCGAGCCGCCGCGCGGGGAGGGGGACUCCCCGUCGCCGGGCGACAGAGUCUCGGGGUCUUUCACUACCACCAGGAGCGCGUUUGAAGUUGAAGGCAGCGAGAGUGACGUCACUAGGGAUGAUGUGUAAAGCCGCGUGUCACUGGUCGAUGGUUUGCCGCGUGCAGUCGAUGGUUUAAGGAUAUGGUGAUGGAGGGUGACCGUGAUUUUUAGUAACUAUGCCCUUGGCAGGUGAAUGUAUUCGUCAUAAUGUGCAUACAUUACGGUUGAGUAUGUAACUGUGCUACGAAACAACUAUUUAGUUUUUUUGCUAUUUUAGAGUUGGUCCCAUAAUGAAAGUUGCAUAGGGUGACGAGAACAUUCACUAGCCAAUAAUAGGAUAGUUAUUGAUAAAUCGUGACCCUGCGUAGCUAAGGUAUAAUGCCUUACUGAUAUUUUAAUUAGGGCAAGUUGAUAGUGUAGCUCCCAUUAGAUUUUAUAUCUCUAUUCCUAUCGAAUACUCUAAUUAUGUUAUAAUUUUAUUACUAAGGUGUUCAUAAUAAAAUAUUUCAUGUUUACUCAAAUAUUA